CAGUGCCCUUCUCCGUGCCAGCUAUGAGUUCCUGCAACUUCACACAUGCCACCUUCGUGCUUAUUGGUUUCCCCGGACUAGAAGAAGUCCAUUUCUGGAUCGGCUUCCCUCUGCUUUCAAUGUAUGCUGUGGCCGUGUUUGGAAACUGCAUCGUGGUCUUUAUCGUAAAGACGGAGCGCAGCCUGCAUGCUCCCAUGUACCUCUUUCUCUGCAUGCUGGCAGCCAUUGACCUGGCCCUGUCCACAUCCACCAUGCCCAAGAUCCUCGCCCUCUUCUGGUUUGAUUCCAGGGAGAUUGCCUUUGAUGCCUGCAUUGCCCAGAUGUUCUUUAUUCAUGCUCUCUCGGCCAUUGAGUCCACCAUCCUUCUGGCCAUGGCCUUUGACCGUUAUAUAGCCAUCUGCCACCCAUUGCGCCAUGCUGCAGUGCUCAACAACACAGUAACAGCCCAAAUUUGUGUGGUGGCCGUGGUCCGUGGAUCCCUCUUCUUUAUCCCACUGCCUCUGCUCAUCAAACGGCUGGCCUUCUGCCAGUCCAAUGUGCUCUCGCACUCCUAUUGUGUACACCAGGAUGUGAUGAAGUUGGCACAAACAGACACAUUGCCCAAUAUGGUCUAUGGUCUUACUGCCAUCCUCCUGAUUAUGGGCGUGGACGUCUUGUUCAUCUCCUUGUCCUAUUUUCUGAUUAUACGAACAGUUCUACGACUGCCUUCCAAGUCAGAGCGGGCCAAGGCCUUUGGAAACUGUGUGUCACACAUCAGUGUGGUAUUGGCCUUCUAUGUGCCUCUCAUUGGCCUCUCAGUGGUACAUCGCUUUGGAAACAGCCUUCAUCCCAUUGUGCAUGUUCUCAUGGGUGAUAUCUACCUACUCCUGCCUCCUGUGCUCAAUCCCAUUAUCUAUGCUGCCAAAACCAAACAGAUCAGAACUCGAGUCCUAGCUAUGUUCAAGCUCAGCUGUGACAAGGACCCUCAGACUGUGUGAAGCAGGUGACCCUUCCCACUCCACUUUCCCUUAUCCUUAAUGGCUUGAUAAUGACUUAUUAAUGCUAGCCGAUAAGCAUAUCAAUGCUUUUCUCCGGUUUGAUCUCCAAAUUCUGUCUCAGCUCAGAGUGAAAUUUGGGGAGAUAUCGUAAUUCCCUUCCAUAGGUCAAAAUGUUAUUUAUAUCUUUACUAUAUAAAAAAUUUAAGUAGAAAAUCCACCAAUGCUCCAAUAAGUAUUUAAAAAAAAAAGAAAGAAGAGUGCUAAAAAUACAGUUGGCUUUGAAACAAGAGACAAAUUACUCUAUCUGACUAGUAAUCCAAGGUAGCAUUUUUGUCCAUCAACUUAGCAAUUUUUAUUAAUGAGAAUUUACAAUAAAAAAGGAGAUUAUGUUAAAACAUAUAAAGUGUCCCAAAAAAUGUAUACACACUUUAACAGCUGAUAACUCACUUAAUUUUCACUCCUUUUCAAGUUUAACUGAUUUGAAAUAAUGGGUGAAGCCAGACUAGGCUUUGAACAAAUAAACUUUAUCCUAAAAUAUCACUAGACAAAAUAUAAAGUUGAAAAUAUGAAACCAGCAACAGUAGAUGAAUACCGAACGAAAUGAUUCUUGAUGUUUGUGAUUCCAUUGCUUCGUGUUAUUAGCAGUACCAGAAUGAUCAUCAGUCUGAAAACAGGCAUUGACAAAAAUAAAUUAUUCAUUUCUGCAGAUUCUUUUAAAUUUUGAAAAUGAGCUGUAUGUUAAUAAACACUGACUUUAUAAUCAUUCAAAGUAUGUAUACAUUUUUGGGACACCCUGUAUAGUCUUAAACAUCACAGCUGAUGACAUAAUUGGCAGUAUGAAACAAGAACUUUUUAAAAGUUGUAUGCUUUAAUGCUGAAAUUGCACUUUUGAAAAUACAUCCUAACAAAAUAUCUAUAAGUGGCAGAAAAUGGGUUUUUCAAAACAGAUAUUAAUUACACCACUAUUUACAGUAAUCAUAUACUAGAAAUCUCCUACCAUAAUAUGUAAAUGUAAGGAAGAGUAAACUCAAGUAUGGCCCAUUUACCUAAUGGAAUAUUAUGUGGAAUAAUCCAUAUUAAAGAAACAUUAUAUGGCCUUUAAAGACUCUGCUAAAAAACAAAACAUGCUAUAAUUUUAAGAAAAACAAUAGACACAUGCUUGAAACUAACUUGAAAAAUAAACUAUGCCUUGAAGGAAAUAUGCUCAAAUUAUUAGUGACUUAUUUUUCUUCCUAUUUUCUAAAAUUUAGCUGGUAUGUAUAACUUUUUAAAUGGGAAAAUAAAACAGGUAACUUAUAUAAACCAGGGCUCAUCACAGACCUCACGGUUUGCUUACUAUACAUUACCUGAGAAUUUUAUCUAAGCCCUAAAUAAUAAUGUCAAUGAAAAUAUUUUGAGUGCUUACAAUGUUCCCGGCACUGUAAUGAGUGUUUUAUGGGUUUUAUCUGAUCUUCACAACAACUUUAUGAGGUAAGUAUAUUUUUGUCCCCUAUUAUAAGUGAGAGAAAUGAGGCUUACAUUAACAAGAUAACUCAUACAGUUUGUGUGUGCUACGCCAAGAUUUGAAAUUACAUUUGAUGAUCAAAUAUAGUUACUUAAUUUCCAUGUUAUAUUGCUUCCUAUUUAACAUCUGCCAUUUAUUUCCUCAGCCUGUGCAAAUUCUCUGUUUUCUCUCUGCUGUGUGCUUAAUGAGAUGAAUGACUAUGUGUUUUGAGAGUUAACCCUGCCCUUGUUGUGGGCAACAAAUCUGGAUUACUCUUCAUAUUCUACAUCCUGCUUCUUUCCAGAUUAAGGGAGAAUAAUAUUUUUGUCUAUUUACCUCUUGCACCUUCUCAAUCGUA